AUGUGGCUUAUUGCAGGGGGCUCGGGAAGCGUCAGGACUUCACAGGCUUUUCCUCUUCGCUCGGUGGCUGGCCAGAUGCAGUACUGGCCAUUUUCUCCUUCCGAUCUUUACAAUUGGAAAACCCAUAACCCCUCUUUCUCUCAGGACCCCCAGGCUCUGACUGGGCUGAUUGAGUCAAUUUUAUUGACUCAUCAGCCCACCUGGGAUGAUUGUCAGCAGCUUCUGCAGACCCUCCUCACUACUGAGGAAAAGCAGCGUGUCUACCUUGAGGCACGGAAAAACGUCCCUGGAGCAGAUGGCCGACCGACCCUACUGCUAAACGAAAUCGAGGAGGCGUUUCCCUCAACCCGUCCUGAUUGGGACUACACCACCGUUGCUGGUAGGGAGCGACUUCGUCUUUAUCGCCAGAUUCUCCUUGCGGGUCUCAGAGGGGCUGGAAAGCGCCCCACUAAUUUGGCCAAGGUACGUGCAGUAGUACAGGGGGCUGAGGAAACGCCGGCAGGCUUCCUAGAAAGAUUAAUGGAAGCCUACCGUAUGUACACCCCGUUUGACCCCCUGGCAGAGGACCGGCAGGGAGAUGUAAUCAUGUCCUUUAUAGGACAGUCAGCGCCGGACAUCCGCAAUAAAUUGCAGCGGCUAGAGGGGCUUCAGGGGUAUACUAUACAAGAUUUAAUAAAGGAGGCAGAAAAGAUUUACAACAAAAGGGAGACCCGAGAGGAGAAGGAGGAAAGGAUCCGCAAGGAGCAGGAGGAAAGGGAAGACAAAAGAGAUAAAAGACGUAAUCGAGAGCUUAGUAGAAUUUUGGCCACCGUAGUGCAGGAUAUAGAAAGGAGUAGACCAGGACAAAAUAGGGACUUGGGAGACAAACGAAAGCCUCGGGUGGAAAGAGAUCAAUGUGCCUAUUGUAAAGAAAGAGGA